AUGGCAGAUGAAAUACUUACAUGUGGAAUAUUUUCCUGGACUUGCCAAUCUGCGUUGGGUAAUCUUGAGGCUAGAGUGGGAUCACAAAAGUACAGGGGAUGGAUGGAGCUUUUGAAAGACUUUGCUUUCCUUUAUAUCAUUCUCAUGCGUUUUUUCAUUGAGAGUGGCUUGAUGACCCCAACGAUGAAAAUCCGAAGAGACAAAGUUGCAGGACUAUACGAAGAACAGAUAGCCAAUCUCUACAAGUAG